UCCUCUCCUCCUCCUUCCCCCCACUCUCACUGUCUCUCUCUCUCUCUGUGCUUCGCUGUUUUCUGGGCCCCUGAGACAGUCACCGUAUCCGAAGCAAAAUCAACUCCACUGUGAGUGUGUGGGGUGCUGCCCUCCAUUAUUAAGCCUUGAGGGAGCAGCAACAUCCUUCCAUUAAAGGCCCUCUCCGCCUCCGAACUGCUGUGCUCUCUUUGCCAUGGCUGACUGCUUGGACGACGCCGAGUUCUGGCUCCCCCCUCAGUUCCUCAACGAGGAGGACUUCCUUAUGGGCAGGAAGAGCUUCAACCCCAAAGCCACCGCCGGAGAUGGCUUCGGCCUUGGCAGGCUCGGGUGCGGAUCCAGAUCGGGUCUCAGCUCCCCGGUCGAGUCCCUCCUCGGGUCUCUGGAGGCCGAGAGCGACGAGGAGGACCUCCUCGCCGACCUGACCCGAAAGAUGGGCUACUCCAACCUCGAUGACGGUUUCAAAACCGCCGAUUCCAAGGUGAGACUGCUGUCGGGUUCGCCGCAGUCAACACUGUGCCCCGGGUGGGACAUGCUGUGCGAGGCUGCCGGGGAGGUUGCUCGCCUCAGGCUGAGCGAGCAGCUCUACGCCCUCAGCCGCAGCAGGGCCGGCGGAGAAGGCCUGUACGGCGCAGCCGGUAGGCGCUCUCCGGUUCCUGUUCCGUUGAAGACCCAUGUCACUGAUGGUGGACUCAACUACUCCCAUCACCACCACUCGCUCUCUCAUCAACAGCUCGUCGCUAAUCAGAUUCAGCAGCUGAAACAGCAGCAGGCAAUCAUGAAGCAGCAGCGCGCCGGAGCUAAUUGGGGCAUGAACACAAAGCCCGCUAACGGGCCAUACCAUGCAGCCCAAACCGGUGGAAGGAAACCCGACUCUGCUGUGCGACCACUUGUGGCGCCGGCAGCCAGCCCAUGGCCAUCUGUGCAGCAGCAGCAGCAGCAGAGUGGAGGGGGCAUGAGGGCUGUCAUCCUCGGAGCUCCUCCGAGCGGCAAGAGGGAGUGCGCCGGGACGGGCGUCUUCUUGCCCCGUCGUGCUGGGUCCCAACCCGAGCCCCGCAAAAAGCCAGCUUGCGCGACAGUUCUCCUCCCGGAUAAAGUGAUUCGAGCACUGAACUUGAACCUGGAGAAUGUGGGUGCUCAGCCCCACCUUCAGCAUCGCUUCAAUGGCUGCUUGGCUCCUGAAAAUGAUUGUGUUUGGAACCUGGGGAUAAACGGCAUCGCAGCUCAGCAGAACAGGACCAGCCGACCGCAGGCAGUGCCGAACCAUGAGAUCCGGCUGCCUCAGGAGUGGACUUACUGACUGCGCUGAGCCGAGCCGAGCCGAGCCCGCCCGAGAUUCGUUCCGCCGCUAAUUGCAUUCUUUUGUGGCUUUUGGAAUUCAAUUGAAGUGUUAGGUGAAGUUGGGAGGUGAAAGGACAAACAGACAGGGGAAGAAGAUAGGCCUUUUGGUAUAGGACAGGUUUACUAGGUUUAAAAGUAAAGGAAGUUAAUAUGUUUAGUCUUUAGUUUUCUCAAUUAGUACUAUUAGCAUUAGGAAGAUGAUGAAGAAGCAUUAGCAAACGAGGAGGCAUUUUGUGAUUAGGGUUAGGAAGAAAGGUGGUUAAAUAAAAUAAAGCAAGUAAAUCUCGGCAUCUUCAUCUGCUUGGAGGGAUGUGAAAGGUGAAAAGGGUUGAAGCUUAAUUGCAGGCAAGAAGCAGCAACAGCUUCUUUUGGUCUUUUGAUGGGGUUUUAAGCUUCUUUCCCUUUUGGGGUUUGCUGGGGGAACAGAAGAGAAUGAUUUGGGAGUUUCUCUUUUGUUGUUUAACGUUCUGGAGAAUAAGUGGAAUCUGUUUUUCAUUUUUUUUUUUGGCUCUUUUUCUUAGUGGGGUGGGCUUAAACAAGUCUUUAUUGAAGGGGGAUUGUAAGCAGGUCAGGGGGGUUGGUCCAAUGUUUUGCAAAGAGUGUUUCGACCCCUUUGAUCAGAUCUUUUAGGCAUAUAAAUGUCAUAUAUAUAUAUAUAUAUAUUAUAUGGAUAAGAAAUGCAAGUGCAAUUAUUCUACGAUU